AGUUAGGUAAAUAACCGAGUAGUUACGAUUGAUGUUAUUGGUGACUCGUAUAUUAUAAGCUAUAUAUCGAAGCACUCAUGCAUGAUGCGGUUCCAAAAUGUGACAUAGAUUAGCUGACCUGAAUUCACUCUGCAAGUCUACAGAAGGUUGUAAAGAUCUGCACGAUGGCAGAACCACCAAGUUCAACCUUACAGUCAUUUCCAAAGUUUACAGAACUGAAUGAUCUUGUUAACGAAAAGGUUGGAGGAAAAAUUCUGUAUGCGACUGAUGAUUGGUUUGCUGUGGCAGAAAACUUGCUUAAGUCGGAAGACCCAGUGUUUAAAGUCGGUGAGUUUACAAAGUAUGGGAAGUGGAUGGAUGGUUGGGAAACCAGGAGGAAAAGAAUACCUGGUCAUGACUGGUGUAUCAUAGAACUAGGUGUUCCUGGGUUGAUAAGUGGAAUAGAUGUUGAUACCUCAUUCUUCACGGGAAACUAUUCCCCAAGAGUCUCAAUCCAGGCAGCUAUUCUCUCAACAGUGGCUGUUGAAAGUAUCCCCAAAAGAAAAAGUAAAAUGGGUACUGCUACUACCAUGCUAAUGUCUGACCAGAUCCAGAAGCUGAAAUCUGAAGAAUGGAAAGAACUGGUGCCAAUAACCCCUUUAAAGCCUGGCUACAAAACUUCAUGUCACAACUUCUUUGAGGUUCAUAGUACGGAGAGAUGGACCCAUAUCAGACUGAACAUGUACCCUGAUGGUGGGAUAGCUCGAUUAAGAGUUUUUGGAAGAUCUAUCCCGAACUGGUCCAAAAUCGGAAAGAAUGCUAUUAUAGACUUGGUUGCUUUGGAGAACGGAGGCACAUGUAUUGGUUACAGCAAUGUCCACUUUGGUCACGCUCGUAACUUGAUUCAGCCAGGGAAAGCUGAGACAAUGGCGGAUGGCUGGGAGACUGCACGCAAGCCGGAUAGACCAGCCAUUUUAGAAGCGGAUGAUGAAGGGAUUCUUCAAGUUCCAGGGGAUGACUGGUGUGUGUUUCGAUUGGGCCAUCCAGGAAUUGUAACAAAGGUUAUCAUAGACACAAACCACUUUAAAGGAAAUUACCCAGACUCCUGCCAGAUUGAAGCCUGCAAUAUCACAGAGGAGGAGGAGGAAGAAACCAUGAAGGAGAUGAGUGGAGGACCGUGGAAAAUCCUUCUUCCGCCCAAGAAACUGUACGCCCAUCAGGAACACGAAUUCGGCCGACAGAAUAUUACGAACUGUGGGGUGGUGAACUACGUCCGCCUCACCAUGGCUCCAGACGGCGGCAUUAGUCGAAUGAGACUGUUUGGGUAUAUCAAGGACGCGGAUGAUUCUGAAGGACCAGUAUUCAGUGGACUAGCAGAAAAUGAAGAGAUUUCGGAAAACAAUGGACCCAAACCGAAGAAAAGGAAAACGGCCGAGUAGAGGGGGACCAACUCUUAAGUGGCAGUUAACAUUUGUUGAUUACAGCAGUACGUGUAAUGUUCUGUCGUUUGUCAUAUUCUGUGUACCUAUAACAUUAUCUACAAAGAUCUCAAUAAUCAUAGAUUUCAAAAAUUAAAUGAUUACAAUUUCAUCAUCCAUCUUGAUGCUUUUAUAAAAUGUGUUACUUGUAACAUAAACGCUUCCCCAUAACAAUAUCAAUUAAUUUGUUCACGAUGGUGCGAUAUUUUAGAAUUGAUUUAUAUAGUUGGUGUUUAAAGAUUAGUAAGCUCUUUGAUGAUUUGCUUAGUUAAUGUGUAGUACCUCUUUGUAUCAGUAUUAGAUCUGGAUUAUAUGCGCAGAGGGUUUGUUGGUGCUAAAUGCGUAUACCUUUCAUAAUAUACAUGUACUAGUAGUCCAGGACACGUUUAUGAACAUGUGCGUUUGUGUCAUGUUGAGUAAUUCAUAUUCAAGGUUGUGAUUGGGAUAAGAUAAGAAAUCUCUUUUAAAAGCAUUAUUUUAUUGUUUGAAUUGAUUUUUAUACAUGUAUACUCAUGUAUAUACAAAACACCUCAAAUAUAAGAAUGGAAUAGAUCUAUAUAUUUGUAUAUUUUAAAUGGAUAUAUAUAUAUAUUUUGAAUAAACUAUAUGAUAUUUGAAAA